CAGGGACGCCGCGGGGGUGAUGUGAGAAGGAGCCCGGCAUGCCGUACUUGGAUCGACAGAACCGUAUCUGCGGGUUCCUGGACAUCGAAGAAAAUGAGACCUGCGGCAAGUUUCUGCGGAGAUAUUUCAUCCUGGACACCCAGGCCAACUGCCUCCUGUGGUACAUGGACAACCCCCAGAACCUGGCUAUCGGUGCGGGUGCUGUCGGAUCUCUGCAGCUGACCUACAUCUCCAAGGUUAGCAUCGCCACCCCGAAACAGAAGCCGAAAACUCCGUUCUGCUUUGUUAUCAAUGCUUUAUCUCAGCGCUAUUUCUUACAAGCCAGCGAUCAGAAGGACCUGCAGGACUGGGUGGAGGCACUGAACCGGGCCAGUAAGAUCACGGUGCCAAAGGGCGGCAGCAUCCCACCGGCCGCGGAGAUUGCGAAGCCUCCAGUGGUGCCCCAGGCCCAGGAGAGAAAGCCCCAGGUGGCCUACAAAACCGAGAUCAUUGGGGGGGUGGUGGUCCACACGCCCAUCUCUAUCAACCAGAACGGAGGGGACGGAGGGGAGAGCAGCGAUGUGGCCGCCCACCCGCUCCUGCGGCGCUCGCAGAGCUACAUCCCCACCUCGGCCACCAAGCCGCCCGCCGGGCCCCCCAUCCUCAAGAGCGGCUACUGCGUGAAGCAGGGGAACGUGAGGAAGAGCUGGAAGCGCCGGUACUUUGUUCUGGAUGAAUUUUCCAUCAGUUACUACAAGUGUGAGCAGGACAAGGAACCCUUGCGCUCGAUUCUCCUGAAGGAUGUCUGCAAGACCCACGAGUGCCUGGUCAAGUCUGGUGACCUCCUGAUGCGGGACAACCUCUUUGAAAUCAUAACGAGCUCCAGGACCUUCUACAUCCAGGCAGACAGCCCUGAGGACAUGCACAGCUGGAUCCGAGUAAUCACAGGGGCAGUCCAGGCCUUGAAAACUCGCCCGAGGGAAAUGUCCUUCAUGAGAUCCACCUCCAUGGUGAAGUCCGGGGGCUCCUCUGCUCUCUCCCAGCAGAGGCAAGUGGCAGAGGAGAGGAGAGCGCUGUGCAAAACCCCUUCCACCUCCUCCUGGCAGCCCUGGACGCCGGUUCCGCAGGCAGCGGGGAAGCAACCGGUGCCGGAGGAGGUGCCCGCGCCGCUGAGAGACUCGGUGUUCGUGCCGGCCUUCACGGAGCGCGACGCCGGCGCCGUGCUGGGCAAACGCGUGCGGCACAAGUCGGAGCCGCAGCAUCUCAAGGAGAAGCCGUUCGCCUUCGACCUGGACGAUGAAAGCAUCCGGACCUCCGACGUCUGACCGGGCACCGAGCCAUCCCCCGGCUCCGUGUGCCACCUUCCC